GUUAUCAAUAUAAGUUGUUUCAGUUGAUUGUUUUUACUGUGCGAUUAUACUUUUUUUAAUAAUGAGGCCGAAUUAUAAUUGCAAAUAGUGAUACCAAAUUUGAAAAAUGGAUAACGCCAACAAUAAUGCUGCAUCAGAGCCAAGUUUGGAAGAUAAAUCAGCAGCACCAGCUGAGAACGACAAGAAAAACGAGAGUACCUUAGAGAAUGUUAGUCUUACAACUCACGAGGAGGAAAAUCCCGAGACUGAUGACGACCCUCCUCUAAAGGAAGGGGAAACAGUUCCGUUGCUAGGACCUAACGAAGAUUCUAAGGAUAAUAAACCCGAUACUCCAGCUAGCAAACCAGUAACGUUUAACUUAGACAAUCCUGGAAAUCAGCAAAAUGGUACUGAGCUUGUGAGGAAACCUGAUAAUACAAAUAGCAAACCACCAACUGAUAAUCCAUUUAACAAGCCACCUAUUGAUGAUCCAGCUAGCAAACCACCAACAGUGUUUAAGUUAGAAAAUCCAGGAAACCAGCAAAAUGGUACUGGACUUGUGAAUAAAUUAAAAAGCGUGGCUGAAAAUUUUUUAUCCAGUAGUGAGAGUAGCCGGCCUACCGAAUUUGAUCCAGAAUCUAUAGGGGAUGAAGAAUCGACCCCGUUGUUAUCGAGAACACCAUUUAAUAGACGGUUCUUGGAUAGACUGUGGAUGGUGCUUUUCAUAACGCUCAUAGUAUUAGCUGUUUCUAUUGGUGCAUUUUUGUUAAUCUGGUUGGGUCAAACACAAUCUGAAAAUGGAUAUUUUAAUUAUAUUCUCAAAAACCAGUGGAUUACCCUUGAAGCCGGAUAUGAAUCUCCAACUCACAUGAAAAAAUUAAAACUUCCCGCCCAUAACGUCUUUUUCAUCGAGCUCAAUUCUACGGACAAAACAAUCUGCCAUCAAGCAUCGUCUAACGAAAAUUGCGUAAAGCUUCUUCGGAAGAACCAAAUGAAAGAUAGACACGAACCGGAUAUUUUGUUUAAUUUUAUCGUGGACCAAGACGGAACUAUCUACGAAGGACGAGGCUGGGAUCGCUGUACUUGUAAAGCAAGUUUUACAGACGAAGAUCUAACAAUUGCAUUUUUAAUUGACAAUAAUACCAUCCGACAAGUUGUUCCAAGAUACGUACUCAACUUUUUGAAUCAAGCUACAAUUGACCAGAAACUGGAUCCAUGUUAUAGAAAUUUUGUAUAUAAUGGAACUAUUCUGUAUGUAGUUUCAGAUUACAUCAAAUCGUUCCGAAAUAUUUGUUAGACAAAUUUAUUAUUCUCGAACUAUCACCGUCAUUAGUCAAUGUAAAUCAAAAAUAUUAGUGUUAUUUGUUUUGUUACUAGAAUUAUAUUUACAUUUUUUGUUUUAUAAGGACUGCUUUUGCUUUAUGUUAUUGAUAUUUAUAAUAAUUAGAUGUACUGAUUUUUUCUGUUAUUUAAAUAUACAGGAGAGAUAGUUAUUUUCGUCCGACAACUUAAUUCGACGUGAUGAUCGUAACCAUUUCUAAAAUACUGCGAAUAGUCAAAACUUGAAUAGUCUAUUCAAUAGUCACUAAGUAUAAAAAUAUUAUAACAUCAGGUGCUUUGAUAUAAUUUAGUUACAAAUAUUUCUGACCCAACCGGUAAAAAGUCGCCCGAAACAUAUUUUCUUACGUACCAAAAUAUUUUUUUUCUAGUCGGUAUUUGAGUCAAUAAAUUAAUUAAAUUGGUUAGUUUUCGUUUUUAGCUUUGUUGCCACUGCCAAAUUUUUUACUGGAAAGUGUAACUGUUUUGUAUAUUUUUAUUUUUAUUUAUUUUCUGGCCUUUAAAAUGUAUAGUUAUUAUUCUUUAUAAUUCGGUGUUUUCCCAUUUUUCAACCUCAAACUUUUGAACGUUGAUUGAGUUUUCUGUAUAAAAGAUUGAACGGUGUUGAGAAUUUAUGUAUUGUGAUUGAAAUCUUUAUCUCUUCUAUUUAAAAAUACAUUUAUUGAGUUUUUGUAAAAAAAAAUCCAAGACUUUCUAUAAAUUUUAUUUUAAUCUUAGCGUUUAUAAUCGUACUGUCCUAAAUUUUCGAUUAUCUUAAUGCUGCAUGAUAUAAUAUCUUUACUUACAGUAACAGAAUAUUUUGUUUAACACGUUGAGUGCCACAUAUUAUGAUACCAACAUGGUCUCGCACUUUUAUGGGAUUAUAGGGCAACAUGAAGCCACUUUGGCCUCACCAUUUAUGCCAAAAAUAUUAUAUCGGCUUCUGGGACCAUUUGAUUUGUAUGCAUGAUUGUACUCAACCUGUCAAAACAAAUUAGCCAAAUAUUAAGUCAAUCUAGAACAAACUUACAUGGUAAACUGUUAUGAUUUAGAGUAAUUUCAAUGAUUUAAGAUAAGUCAAUUACUCAGUGUAAAAUAUUUUAUAAACAAAACCGUUGAAAUGAUGAAAAAAUAUGGAGUCUGCACAAAGUUGAUUGAUCAGUCUAUAUACAGAUCCAUUUCGUUUUUCGUUUGGGUACUUUCACUAGCCGUUUUAAGAUUAAAGCUUAAAUUUGAUUUAGUGUUACAGAUUUUCUGAAAUGGUCUUUUAUCUCCCACUGCUUAACUUGAUAUUAAGUAACAAUGGUGAAGGAAAUUACUACUUAGUCGUUUGUUCUCUUAAUGAGCAACCAUUACAUAAAAUUCCGUUACUAGUAAUAUUUUUUUAAUUUUAAAUUAUUGACAAGAUCAACUAGAAUUAGACAAUCGUCAUUAUUCUACGAUACAAGCAAGUUACCUACGAGUUUCACUUUGCAGAUUUUUUUUCUACUUAUUGUUUUUUCAUUUAUUAUCUAUUCUUAUGAUAUACUUUCUUAUAUUCUGACAAAUUAAACUGGUUUUAGUUCACGUGUAGACAGAUUUCCAUAUUUUUUGUGGUCGGCAUCGUAUUUUUUGACACGUUAGAAUUUAAUUUGUCCGUCUCUUAACUCAGAUUAGUUGCAUUUAUUACUAAAAAUAGUUACACUUUUCAUUAAAAUAAUAAGUUCUUUUUAUUGUAGAGUUUAUCGCCAUAAAUUAAGUUAAAGUAAGCGUGCUAAUUAUUGACAGGGCUAUUAGUAUCAAAUAUGGCUGAAUGAUCUCGUUGAUCGAUGCAUUUCCCUGUGAUGUGUUAUAUUUUCAUAAAAAUAGUGUUUUUAGAGACUUAGUUUAAGUUUAUUUACAAAAUCAACUAAUCAACCAACUUUUUUUAUAUAUCGUACUUGUGUUAAAAAUUUUUUUAAUGUUAAAAAAUAAGUGACAUUCUAUAUAGAAAGAGAAACUU